AUGGCGUCUCCUAAUGCCUUUCUCCUGUCGCCAUCACGAAGCAGCAACCAGAAAUCUCACUUCUUUCGCUCGUCGUCGCCGGAUCUACCAGCAGUGGGAGACAUAUUGUCGCCCAAUGCCAAAAGUUGGUCUCUAAAGCAUGGCAAACAAGCGUUGGUCAUUUCAUCCGACGAGGAGACGGAAAUCAACAAGGCGGGCAACAAAGAACAAACCCAACCUCUACCUUUUGGCCCGACUCCCUCAGUUUCAACCAGAUCUCGCACCAUGGAACCCGAUGAUAGUUCACUGCUUAUAAUUGAACCCCCUACCACGCAUACGCCAAAGGCUCGGAGACACCACGCAACACCUCCUAAAUUUAGAGCAAAAUCAAGCUCUCCCGUGAAAGAUGAGCGCUGGAAAAUGUUCAAAUCCAAAACAGAAACUCCAAAUAGUGGUAUUGAUGAGGCAAUGUCUAUGGAAAUCGACCCUGUUGAGCCGCCAUCUGCUCAACAACCAACAUUCAACUCAUCUUCUCCUGCAAUCAGACCCAAAUCUACACGGGCCGAAAACGAUAUCAACGAGCCACUCAUGCUAGAGCCGGCUACAAUUCGACGCCUUGACUGGACCCCUCCAUCAAACAAGGCCGCAACUAUUCUUCCGCUAGAUUCCCCCACUAUUGACGGCCUACAUUCAUCAGGAGAGGCCCGGGAAGCGUCCAAGAGUUUUGAGCAGAUUCUCGAAGCCUACAAGUGCACCAUGGAUAAUCUGCAGCAAGACAUCAGCACGCCCUCGGAUGAAGAUACCAGCAUACUGAGAAAGCGAAAGCUUGUCGAGCUUGUUACGACAUCUGCAGCACCUGCAGAGCCGUCUCCUGGGGUGAAAGCCAAGGCUCCUGUGAAGCAGAAAGCACCCAAGAAGAAGCCACGCACACUAACGGAAAUUGCAACGUCAGCGUAUAGAGCGCCAGAUCCUUCAGAACCAGCGCCGCCAGCUUUGGAUGACAGCGCUACAAGCACAACCAAGGAGUCAGAUGUGCCAACCACCAAAGGAGAAAGCGAAGCGAAGCCGAGGAAGAGGAUAUCCAAGGGUGCAGCUAAGAAAAAGAAGAAAGCAACUCCACCCCCGCCACCAAUUCUGUUACCUCCAACAGAGGCGCUCCAAGAAGUUGCAAGGCAAGAUUUCGUGUUUGGAACAUCAAGCCAACUAGCAAUUGAAAAUUCGCCUACUUUUCUACGAGAACUUCACGCUGCAAUGAGACGCUCGAAUCAAACCGAGUACAUAGAUCUCGAUACUCCCCUUAAUAGCGAUGGCAUCGAGCCUCCGGAAGGAAAGAGGCUAUGGGCCGCUGCUGCUCGCGAUGUUGACGGAGAUUUAUUCGACCUUGAGAUGAGCAGAAUCAUAGAAAGGUCAUCUCAGCUGCUGCCUGCAGCAUCUGACGACGAUCCGUUCGGUUACACCGGCGUCGACAGGAAGAUGACUGUUGCUGCUAUGAGUGUCAAUGGUGUCGAUACUACUUUACAAAACGAACCCCUCGUCGACUCUGCCGUUGUUCCGCAGCACAGAAAGGCUGAGCCUAUCGAAUUAGUGGACGAUGAUUCGAUGCUAAUAGGUAGUGAUAUCUCUACUGGAUCACCGAUACAACGGCGCGUCAAAGCUGCUGCCAAAAGCCAACCCAUAGAGCCAAACCCUUGCGGAGACGGCAAUCCGCAGCAAUCCGAGCACCUUGCUUCAAAACCCUCCUUCGAAUUGUUCACAGAUACUCAACUCUCCAAAGAAAUUGCCUCCUAUGGCUUCAAGGCGGUCAAGUCGCGGCAAGCCAAAAUAUCGCUGUUGGAGCAGUGCUGGCAAGGCAAAAAUCAGCUAGAGCACCCUGGUUCCAAGAGAACACUCACUACCUCUGCCGUUACAGGAGGAAAUGCUGCAACUACUGAGGUCAAAACCCCUCGAGGACGGCCAAGGAAGAAUAGUGCCAGCUCACCUGAGGUGCACGAACCGCCACCAUCCGCACAGGCGCCUGUUUCACCAUCCAAACCGCGAGGGAGACCUAGGAAGGCCUCUUCUACUACCAAACGCACCACGGCGAGCACCUCCAAAGGCAAAAAGAUGUCGACAAAGUCUGCAGCGGAAGCAUCCGAGGCACGAAAGCCCAAAGCAGCGACUACCAAAGUUGUUGUGGAAAUUCCGGAUUCCGAAUCCGAUAACGAUCGCGGCAUGUCGCCGGAUCCGAGCUCAUCUCCCGAGUCUAACUUCUCACCGCCGCCAGCAGUCGACCUCUCCCUGUCACUAAUGGACGAUACAGAUCCGGCACUGGCGCUCGCCUCGACCCAGGAUCAGUCUCUUAGCUACGAGUACAUCACUAAAGCUGUACAAUCGGCGCCGAGGACAACCGACCCUGCAAAUCCUUCAUGGCACGAGAAGAUGUUGCUCUAUGAUCCAAUCGUGCUAGAAGAUUUGACUACGUGGCUGAAUUGCGGGCAAUUAACGCGCGUGGGGUUUGAUGGCGAAGUCAGCACCAUGGAAGUGAAGCAGUGGUGCGAGUCAAAGAGUAUAUGCUGCCUGUGGAAAGUGAAUUUGCGUGGCAAAGAAAGGAAACGAUAUUAA